AUGGACGGCGAAAACCGAAACAAUCCCACCCCAGGUUCCAAGCGAAAACAACAACAUCAACCAUCCAGCCGCUCAGAAGAAGAAUCAGAGCUGUCUGGCUCUGAUGAAGACCCUCCCAGCAAGCAGGUCAUGCUGAGCCCGGGGCCGUUGGCGGGCUACACAUUUGGCUUUGACCCUCGCAUUAACGUCAAUAUCAAAGUUGUCGAGGGUGAAGUGGUGAAACUCAACUUUGGGGUUAAAGAAAGGGAUUCACGCGUGCUGCGAGGGCCCAAGGAAAAAGUCCCAGCCCUUUGGGAGAUACCCGUACUCGAAGAAUGGAACGAGGCGCUCAGCCGCAGGGUGGUGGGCGCUUUGCUGUCCGUCGUGUCUCCAACAGUCCGGUUAUUCUUGGCGACCAACCCUAGGGGAAGGAAGAACGAGACAUACAAGAUCAUCCUCCUUCCCGGGGCACAGGUUCAUGAUCUUUCGGCCUAUGACAAACGCGUGCUGCUGGACCAUUGGCGAUGCCUGAUCAAGUGGGCCAAAACCGCUGUCAUCUCCCAGCUGACCGAGACUGCUGUGCCGCCACUCGAUGAGUUCAUGACACAAUACUUCGAGCGGUUGUUGGAGCCCGGAGAUCAUGGAGCCGGCGCAGACGACUUCACAGAGUUCUGCAAGCUUUUAAGCAGCAUUGCCGAGCCUAGUAUUUGGAAGUGGAAAACGCGGGAAGCACGCGCGCAACGUGCCUUGGUACAAACCUGA